GUUCCCAUGUAUGAUGUCGGUCAUGUCCCAUAUAAUCCCAUAUAUCCUAUGCGGAAUAUACCAUAUAUCCUAUGGGAUGGGCACCCUAUGACACAUCGGAGCAUGCAGUUUUUUUUUUUUUUUUUAUGGAAUUUCUAUAUGCCCACAUGGGCUUAGUGGAUAUGGAACAGAUUAUUUUAUAGACGCUUACAACGCUAGCUGCGUUCUGUGCCGAUACCUCACGUGACGCAGACGUCCACAAGGCCAGAUCUGCGAGCACUGACGAGCCUCGUCCGUCGCCACGGCGGAUUUGUGCCCAUCACCGACAUGUACUCCCAAGAUGCCAUGAAGGAGCUGUACAGCGGCCGCGCUGUCAUCAUCAGCGACCGUGACGUCAGCAUGCACAUGCUGGCCAAACAGUGCCGCCUCACCGGUGGCAGUCUCUACGUGGCGCCCGAGGAGCUCUUCACGCACUUCAUGACCGUGGCCCACUCGAAGCGCUUGCCGCGAGCCCUGGAACGCAGGAUUCACGGAAAAAUAAGAGCCAUGAUCGAGUCCGGGCUUCACGCCAAGUGGUACGACGACGGCGUGGAAGACUGGCACCGCUGCCAAGGCAUGCAAAAGGCCAGCGCCUCCCACGGCGGCGAGCUGUCCUUCAAGGUGCUCCGGUACGACGACCUGGCGGCCGUCUUCACCCUGUGGGCCAUCAUGGCGGCGCUCUCGCUCGUCGUCUUCCUGCUCGAGCUGUGCGUCCACAGAACAGCGACGCUACCUCACCGCAGAAUCGCUCGAAUGGGCGCCAGGAGGAAGGCCCGCUGCAUCGCGAAGGUUGCCACACGAUGAGGCUCGCGAGUUACGCAAACUCAAGAAUCGAGAACCAUUUUUGCACCGAAGCUUUACCGGGGAGUUUCACGACACUUUUUUCGUGUGACUGCAGCGGCGGCUGCGGCUAUACGCAUCAGCAGUGUGCUUGGUAUCGAGAAAGGCUUAGGUGCAUUUCUACAGAACGAAAUCGGCACAGUGCAGCAGUCGCAGCAUAUACGAACACGCGUCAGAUACAGCGGAGUGUGUAUAGAAGUACUAAGCUCGCAUAGCGAAGCUUUUAGAUAGACUCGGAUAUAGCGAAAUAUUUGCACAGGAUAUAAUAAGGUGUUUUGCAAAGUCUAAAAGAGAAGUAGGGCGGUUUCUUAAAGAGUGCCCAAUACCUCGAGUAUGAAGAAGGAGGAGUACGCUGCCUACAGCGAAACAUCUCUCUAUGCCUCUGGUGUUAAAUCGAAACAGUUACACCAAAUAGAUGGAGAAUUUCAUAGUGCGGUACCGGCGCAGCGUACAGAAGCGUGCAUUGAAGAUAGCAGAUAGUGUAGAAGUGUUUUCAGUUCAAUUAUAAUAAAGCAUAUUAAAUAUACUGCGGCUAUAUUCCAGUACUUGACUCAUAUACAGUGGAGCGUUUGCAAAGACUGAAGUAGAUUCCGGUUAUUUGGAAGCCUAAAACUUCCGAAGGGUGUGAGAGCUCUCUGAUACGGUUUCGCUGUCAGUGAUGAGGAGCGGCUUGUAUUUGCGCACACCUGUGAAGGUUCUUGAGUGUAAUCUCAUACAAACAACGUCUGUGCAUCAAGAAAAUACUCAGCGAGGGCCCCAAAAUCGGACAUCACAAUGGGACCUCCAACAGAAGUUAAAAUAAGAACUGACGAACAACCUAGUUUAAAAAAUUACUGAAUAAAUGUGCAAAGGGUAAUUAAUUCAAGAACAAGUUGAUACAGAAUAAUAAUACGAGUAUUACGCAAACUACAAAGAAAAAAUUCACUUCGCGCAAUGCAGAAGUGAGAAACAGAAAGUAGCACUCAUUAGCCAUGCGAAAUAAAUGCAUAGUCAUGUUAGAAUUUCCAGCGGUAAUUCAUGAAGGCAUUCCUGCGACGUCGAUAUCUUGAGUAUAUGCGAGAGUAUGAGAAGUUGUUGACCGCUGCGUCGAAGACGGCAAUGAUAUGCGCACAACGAAACUUUUUUUUAUAUAUAUAAGCUGAGCUUUAAAGUUACAACCACCCUUUAUGGCUGGAACUUAUUAGUGGAACACGCACUUCCUUUCUCUCAAGCAGACCUGCAUCGGAAAAUCUGCAUAUCUCACGCAAAUGUGAUACAGUCAUUUGGAUUUCGGCUGCUAAAGUACAGGUUCUACACAGUGUAUGGGCUAGUAGCAUGUCACUGCCAAAGUGACCUUGCGGUUUUGAAUGUCGCAGUAUGCGAAAUCAAUACGUGAAGGAAGUCCUAAUUUAGUGGCAGAAUUUAGCAAAGGGUACAAUUGGUUGAGUUGGGUAACGUUCAUUUUUUAAACAGCGCAUUAUCGACGAAAUACACAGGGAAAAGCUUACGGGACAGGCGCUUACUGAUAACUGACAUUUUCAUUCUGAAAACUAAAAAAUGAAAAAGAAAACUAAUGAAGACAGAAAGGCCAACUUGUGCGCCCAUGCACUCGACGAAUGACACCUCCUAGCAAACUAAUUUGGCAGUAAAACAAAUAGAGAAAAGUGACAUGCAAUUAUCAGGCACUUUUCUGAUUUGGAACGCUUCCACAAUUUCAAGUUCCCCCUGACUGUCAUGCAGAUGUCACAGAUGUGCGCUCAAAAGAACGACAGCAGCCGUACGAACUACAAUGGACACGCUGGUUUUUUUUUUUUUUUUGCUAGGCUGUGGCAGCCGUUCGUCGAGACAACAAUGUUAGUGGUGGGAAACUUCCAAGCCAUAAGUGGUAGAAAAUAAAAUAUCAUCGCUCUGCAGGAAAUACACGACCAGAAAAAAAAAAAAAAACUUGAGUUGGGGUUCUUGCGAGAGGGGGUUUAAUCAGAGCGCCCUCCUCCUAAGAACAAUAUGAAUACAUAUGGACGACAUUCAAAAAAGAGCACUCUGCGAGAGAUUCUUAUUGUAGCCGUCGUGCAUACAACGCAAACAGAAACGAGCUCAAUUACAUUUGCUAGUAAUGUUCUGUAGUUAUGGUGAGCAAGGUAAAAAAAAACUUGCUCAUAGAAACUCACAAGGAAGCUAAAGAUAGCUGCAUGUGAAAACAUCCACCUAAGCAGUCCAUCAGGCAACAACAAAAAAAAAAAAAGAAACAGCGGUAGUAAUUGCAGCAAACAACAUAUGUGGUUAGUAGAAGAUAGGUUACUUUCCCAUGUAAUGGUUAUAUUCAAAAGCACAUUAUAAUAUUAUAAGCCUAUAAUUCGGUCAGUAUUGUGCAGCUGGUCGACAUUUUCUGCCUGUCCAUGUGUUUAUCUUGCCAAUAAAGUAAACUGCGUUUCUAACUUCCCAACGUCUCGCCGCGCCGUAAAGCCGAUGUUUUUCUACUUGUUUCUUCAUUACGUUAUUCAAUUUAAUAAACGUUAUUGGAACACUAACAAGGAGAGAGAAUCAAACGAGCCUAGUUUCUCUCUUCUGUUUCUGUUACCUCUCCCGUUUCAAGAUUUGAAUUACCGCCGCUAUUCAUAAGCAGCCUGAUCGCUAAACAGCAUGUUAUUCUUAUUCCUCUCUUAAGUAAAUGGUAUUGUGGAAAUUAAUGUUAGUACUAUAUUUGUAACCUUACUAUUUUUAC